AUGAUGUCCGUACAUCUGCUUCCACGAUUUCAUUACGGCUCGUUCGUUUUUCUCUGGUGUUUUAUCUUCUUGCCACUUAAACAUCGAUGUCGCCACACGUCGGGGCGCCGUUACGAGUUGCCAAUCUGUUCAUAUCUAUCUAUAAAAUACUGUACAUUAUCUAUCUAUCUAUCUAUCUAUCUAUCUAUCUAUCUAUCUAUCUAUCACAGUCUCUUCACAACUAUCUAUCUAUUUCAUUCUAUCUAUCUAUCUAUCUAUCUAUCUAUCUAUCUAUCUAUCUAUCUAUCUGUUGUGUCUCUUCACAUCUAUCUAUCUAUCUAUCUAUCUAUCUAUCUAUCUAUCUAUCACAGACUCUUCACAUCUAUCUAUCUAUCUAUCUAUCUAUCUAUCUAUCUGUUGUGUCUCUUUACAUCUAUCUAUCUAUCUAUCUAUCACAGUCUCUUCACAUCUAUCUAUCUAUCUAUCUAUCUAUCUAUCUAUCUUUCUGUUGGUUAUUCUAUCUAUCAAUUCAAAGACUUAAACACAUCCUAUCUAUCUAUCUAUUAUCUAUCUAUCUAUCUGUUUAGUCAAUUUUUAAACUAUCAUAAAACUUUGGUUCUUCUAUCUAUCUAUUCCAUCUAUUUAUCAGAUAUAGAUCCCAUAACAUCUAUCUAUUUAUUUUCUUCUGUACAUUAUCUAUCUAUCUAUCUAUCUAUCUAUCUAUCUAUCUGUUCAUACCAUUCGAUCGAUCAUAAGAUACAUAAAAUCCCAUGGUUGUACACGUUUUAUUGUAAUAUCUAUCUAUCUAUCUAUCUAAUCGAUCUCGCACGAAAUGACUUAUUUAUUUUCUUUAUUCUUUUCUUUUUCUUCCAAAUCAUUUUUUUUUUUCUUUUUUCAUCUUUUCUUCUUCUUCUUUCUUCUUUUCUUUUCUUUCUUUUUCUUCUUUCUCUUUUGUUCUUUUUCUUUUUUUUUAAUUCCCAAUUUCUUGAAAUUCUUUUUUUCUUCUUUUUCUUCUCUUCUUCUUUUCUUUUCUUUUUUCUUUCUUUUUCUUUUUUUCUUUCUUUCUUCUUUUUUUUCUUCUUUUUUCUUCUUAAAAUUCUUUUUCUUCUUUUCUUUUAA